UCUGACGGCUGAUGGGCGCGCGAGAGCUUUGGCUUGAGUGGUGGAAUCUGAUGCUAGGGCUGAAUCCGGGCGUGGAUCCUGGGAGCUCUAGCUAGGGUUUGGGAGCGGGGCAGGGAUUCUUGCGGAGAAUGGGCUACGGGCGUGGAUUCUACUGGCAGGCGCUUUUGCGAGCUGGGAGGCUGCUGCUCCAUCUCAAAAUGCCGUAGUACCGUGCCCGCGGGGGAUCGGCAUUGCCGCAAUGCCGGCUGCCACAGCGGCCAAGCUGAUUGUGGAUGCGCUGCUGCAGCGCUUUCUGCCGCUCGCGCGACGCAGGAUCGACACGGCACAGGCACAGGAUGGGCAAUAUCUUCGCGCGUCUGAUGCUGCCUACGAGCAAGUAUUGGAUUCGCUGGCUAUGGUGGCUCGUCACACUCCAAUACCUCUUCUGGAGGCACUUCUUAAAUGGAGAGAAAGUGAAUCCCCGAAAGGAGCCAACGAUGCUUCGACUUUUCAAAGGAAACUGGCCGUGGAGUGUAUAUUUUGCUCAGCGUGUAUACGUUUUGUGGAGUGCUGUCCACAAGAAGGGCUCACAGAAACACUGUGGAAUGGUCUGGAGAAUUUUGUUUUCGAUUGGCUUAUCAAUGCCGACAGAGUUGUUAGCCAGACAGAUUAUCCGUCCUUAUUUGAUCUUCGCGGAUUGCUCUUGGACCUCGUUGCUCAAUUGCUUGGCGCUUUGUCCAGAAUAAGAUUUAGCUCCAUAACUGAGCGUUUCUUUAACGAGUUGAAUACUCGUCGCAUUGAUACGAACGUGACAAGAAGCGAAACAUUAAGCAUCAUCCAUGGAAUGCGGUAUCUCAAGCUCGGGGUUUCAUCACUUGGGGGACUUAAUGCUAGCACGUCAUUUGUAGCCAAAGCCAAUCCUUUGAAUCGAAUGCCAGCGAAGAAGAAGAGUGAACUCCAUCAUGCGUUGUGCAACAUGCUUUCAAGUGUUCUUGCCCCUCUCACAGACGGUGGUAGUGGCCAGUGGCCGCCUGCAGGAGUUGAUCAGGCAUUGACUCUGUGGUAUGAUGCUGUUCUUCGAAUUCGGAACCAGCUUAUGCACUGGAUGGAGAGGCAAAGCAAGCAUGUUAACGUUGGAUACCCUCUUGUUACAAGUCUUUUGUGCCUAGGCGAUCCAGAGUAUUUUAUAAGUUCAUUCAAUCCUCACCUCGAUCAACUGUAUAAACUGUUACGGGAGAAAAAUAACAGAUCGGUAGCAUUGGAAUGUCUUCACAGAGUGCUUCGCUUCUAUUUGAAUGUGUACGCUGAAAGCCAACCGCAAAAUCGGGUAUGGAUGACCUUGCACAGUGUUACAGCUCAAUUGUUGAGCUGUUUGAAAAAAGGCUUUUUUGCGCUGGAUGUUCAACACGAGAAGCUUGUCGACCUUUGCGUGACAAUAGCCGAGAGUAAUCUGGACUUCGCGAUGAAUCACGUGAUAUUGGAACUUCUUCGGACAGAGAACCUUAGCGAGGCUAAAGUCAUCGGUCUGAGAGGACUUUUGGCUAUAGUUUCGUCCACUUCGGCCGAGCAACGUACAGAUGAUUCCCGGCUCUCUUUGACGUCAUUUCGUGGAUCACCGACAUCUUCUUGGUCAUCAGCAACCUCGGCCGUUUUUACGUCAUCUCGUCACAGUGCUGCAGCUCGUGUUGAUAUUCCUUCCAGCACUCAUGAUAUUGGACCAUAUAUACCAAAAGUUCGAGCUGCUCUUGGUUCUAUUAUCAAAGCAUGUCACAGCACUUAUGGGGGUGCAUUGCUUACUUCCUCGAAGGCAACGCUGGAUGCUCUGAGCAAAGAAAAGCCUCAAGGCUGGCUUGUGUUCCGCUGGGCUCUGAAAUGUGUACCACAUUUGAUACCAGAGCAGUGGCGCAACGAUCGGAUGACGGAAAUUAUCCCGGUUUAUGCAAUCAGUGUUGAACCUGGUGUUCGUGAGGAAGCCGUGCAGGUUCUUUUCAGAACUGUUCGGGACCUUCCUCAAAGCCGCUUUGCCGUCAUGCGAGGGAUGGCAAAUUUUAUAUUUCGGCUCCCGGACGAUUUUCCAAUACUGAUCCGGAUUUCUCUGGAUCGUCUCGUACAGCUUUUAAGCUCUUGGCGCGUGUCUCUUUUGGAAGAGCUUUCGGACAGCAAAGACAACUAUAACAAAAGUUCACGUCAUUCGGCACCCUCGGAAGCCCGGUUUCAUCCCUCGGGUUUAGAUGCAGUGGGUCUUAUAUUUCUGUGCUCGGUAGACGUUCAAAUUCGGCAUACGGCUCUGGAACUUUUGAGGGCCGUUCGAGCUCUCUACAAUGAUCUCUCAAGGAUGUCUUCAAAGGAGAAGAACAAUAAAAGGCCACAUCCAGACCAUACUUACGUGAUCGACGUAUUCGAGGAAGCUGGUGACGACAUUGUCCAGCAAUGCUACUGGGACUGUGGAAGAUGGUACGAAAUGAGAAAAGAGUGGGAUGCCAUUCCACCAGAACUAUCGCUGCAAACCGUACUGGAGAGCUCGGACAAAGGUCGUUGGGGACGAUGUUUAAGUGAACUUGUUAAGUAUGCAGCAGAGCUUUGUCCGUCAGCUGUUCAAGGUGCAAGACUGGAAGUGGUUCAGCGGCUUGCACAAAUUACUUCGGUAGAACUCGGCGGGAAGUCAACAACGUCGCACGAUGACAGCAAGCUAGACCAGUGGCUUCUGUAUUCAAUGUUUGCAUGUUCAUGUCCUCCUGAGGACGUGGAGGACACCAAGUCGCACUCUACGAAAGAGUUGCUUCGUCUAAUUUUGCCGUCUUUGAAGUCAGGUUCCGAGACUCAAAUUGUAAGCCUUCCUUCACUCGACCAUUCUGAUGCUUACUUGUACCUGUGUUCAUGUCCCCCACAGAAUGCGGCUACCUUAGCGUUGGGACACUGCCACUGGGAGAUUUGCGAACCAAUGCUCACGGAAUUACGACAGUUUCUGGACGAAAUUGCAACGGAGAUUGAAAGUCGUCCCAAGUGGAAGAGUCAAAAACUUAGGCGAGAAGACAUUCGUGUGCAUGUUGCAAACAUAUACCGAAUGGUGGCAGAUAAUUUUUGGCCUGGUAUGCUGAUACGCAAGCCCGUUCAACGUAUUCAUGUGAUCAAGUUCAUUGAAGACACAGUCAAGUACAUCACGUCAGCGUCUCCGCUGGAGGUUUUCCAAGAUUUGCAACCUCUAAGAUUUUGCCUAGGCUCCGUGCUACGAUCAGUCUCCGUCGAAAUGGUGAAAUCCAACUCGGACCGGUUUGAUCCGCGAACAAGGAAGCGGAUGUUCGAUCUGCUCGCGUCCUGGUGCGACGAUACUACGACUGUCUGGAGCCAAGACGGUGUUAGCGAGUACCGACGGGAAGUGGAGCGGUACAAGUCAUCACAAAACUCCAGGACUAAGGACUCUGUGGAGAGAAUCACUGUAGAGAAGGACGUCAACGAACAGGUGGAUGCAAUCCAGUGGAUCGCUAUGAACGCUAUGGCCGCUCUGUUAUAUGGGCCUUGCUUCGACGACAACGUCAGGAAGAUGAGUGGGAGAAUCAUCGCAUGGAUCAACGGCCUUUUCCUUGAACCGGCCACUAGAAUGCCUAUCGGGUAUUCUCCAGAUCCUCGUACACCACUCCAUAAGUUCGCCAUGGCUGGAGUCUUUGACGUAGUUCACGGUGGUAAGGACAGGCACAAGAGCAAUCCUAUGCGAGUUCAUCUUGCGAAAGUUGCUCUUAUGAACCUCGUUCAGACCAACCUCGAUCUCUUCCCAGCAUGCAUCGACCAGUGCUACUCUUCUGAUCCUUCUAUCGCGGAUGGGUAUUUUUCUGUUCUUGCCGAAGUGUACAUGCGGUACGAGAUACCAAGGUGCGACACCCAAAGACUGUUAAGCCUCAUACUCUACAAGGUUGUGGACCAGUCUCGGAGGAUUAGAGAUGAUGCAUUACAGAUGCUAGAGACUUUAUCCAUCAGGGAAUGGGCUGAGGAUGGGGAAGGAACGGGAAGGUAUCGAGCAGCGGUCGUGGGAAGUUUACCAGAUUCUUACCAACAAUUUCAGUAUCAGCUGUCUGCAAAGCUAGCAAAGGAACAUCCAGAGCUGAGUGAGCUACUUUGCGAGGAGAUCAUGCAAAGGCAGCUGGAUGCAGUGGACAUCAUCGCUCAGCAUCAGGUUCUUACGUGCAUGGCUCCUUGGAUUGAAAACUUGAAGCUCUGGGAAUCGGGAUGGAGUGAGAGACUGCUGAAGAGCCUUUACUACGUAACUUGGCGUCACGGGGAUCAGUUCCCUGAUGAGAUUGAGAAGCUGUGGCGGACAGUGGCAAACAAGAGACGAAAUAUCAGUCCCGUCCUCGACUUUCUGAUAUCUAAGGGCAUUGAAGAUGGUGACUCAACCGCAUCAGGAGAGAUUACUGGAGUUUUUGCGACGUACUUCUCGGUGGCAAAGCGGAUAAGCCUUUACUUGGCUCGAAUAUCACCACAGCAGACAAUAGAUCAUCUCGUCUACGAGUUGGCAGAGAGAAGACUUGAAGAUCAUCCGGAGCAAUCGAAACGAAGUGUAGAUGGAGCGUUUGAGCUUGAAAGCUCUGCUGUUUUGGAGUUCUCGCAAGGACCAGCUCCCGUUCAACUGCUAGAACCGCCGCCGCAUAUGUCACCACUUCUGGUCAGGAGCUCUCUGGAAGGACCACUGAGGAAUGCCAGCGGGAGUUUAAGCUGGAGAACAGCCACAGGUCGGAGUAUGUCGGGUCCUCUGAAUACUAUCCCCGACACGCAUACCGGGAGGUCUGGCCAGCUAUUCACGGGAUCAGGACCCUUGCCAAAUGCUUCGGGCCAGCUUUUGGGAGUUCGUAGUUCCACAGGAAGCGUGAAGAGUCACCACUUAUCGCGUGACAGUGGAGACUAUUUUGACACUCCGAAUUCGGUUGAAGACAUACGUAUCAUUACUCCACCGGUGAACCCGAGCGAGCUGCAGUCGGCUCUUCAGGCCCAUCACCACUGGCUUUCUCGUGCGGACAUUGCUCUGAUACUUUUGGCGGAGAUAGCUUACGAGAAUGACGAAGACUUUCGAAGCCACCUUCCGCUGCUCUUCCACGUUACGUUCGUAUAUAUGGAUAGCUCCGAAGACAUUGUUUUGAAGCAUUGCCAGCAGCUGCUGGUGAAUCUUCUCUACUCGCUAGCGGGACGACAUCUUGAACUUUACGAGCAUGGUGAUGGAGAUUACAAGCAACAAGUCGUGAGCCUGAUCAAGUACGUGCAGUCGAAGAAGGGAAGCAGGAUGUGGGAAAAGGAAUCAAUGUCUUUGACGAGAACGGAGUUGCCAAGUGCUGCUUUACUAUCUGCGCUGGUGCUAAGUGUGGUGGACGCGAUAGUUUUCCAAGGCGACCUUCGGGAGAAAUGGGGGGAGGAGGCUUUGAAAUGGGCUAUGGAGUGCUCAUACCGUCAUCUGGCCUGCCGGUCUCACCAGGUUUACCGUGCACUCCGUCCCAGUGUCACCAGCGAGACGUGUGUUUCACUGCUAAGGUGCCUACAUCGAUGCUUCAGCAAUCCAACUCCUCCAGUGCUGGGAUUCGUCAUGGAGAUCCUCCUGACUCUGCAAGUGAUGGUAGAGAGCAUGGAACCCGAGAAAGUUAUUCUCUAUCCACAGCUCUUCUGGGGCUGUGUGGCCAUGCUGCACACGGACUUCGUCCACGUUUACGUCCAAGUUUUGGAGCUGCUUUCCCGGAUUGUUGAUCGGCUAUCCUUCCACGACCACACCGCCGAACAGGUUCUUCUGUCCAGUAUGCCCAGGGACGAGUUUGAGAGCAGCGAAGGGAAAGGUGACGGGGGAACAGACGCAGACAAAGCUCCGGCGUUUGAAGGAGUGCAGCCGCUGGUUCUCAAGGGACUCAUGUCAACAGUGAGCCAUACGUGUGCUAUCGAGGUGCUGUCGAGGAUAACUCUGCAUUCGUGCGACCGGAUUUUUGGCGACUCGGACACUCGUCUGCUGAUGCACAUCGUGGGCCUCCUGCCUUGGCUCCUGCUUCAGCUCGUAAAAGGACAGAGUCACUUACCCGGUUUCGACUCGCCACUCCAGCAGCAGUUUCAAAAGGCUUGCUCUGUCGCGACAAACAUCGCUCAGUGGUGCGAGGCAAAAUCGCAGGGAGCUCUAGCGGCUGUUUUCUCCGCUUACGGGAAUGGACAAGUCACCGCCAUCGGAGACUUGCUCAACCGUAUAGUACCGUUGCUGUGCAAGGAAUGGUUCCCUCGGCAUUCGGCGCUGGCAUUCGGCCACCUUUUACGUGUUCUGGAGAAAGGACCAGUGGAGUACCAGCGAGUGAUUCUCCUCAUGCUCAGGGCGCUCUUGCAGCACUGUCCGAUGGAUACCGCCCAGAGUCCUCAAGUUUACGCUGCCGUCUCUCAGCUCGUGGAGAGUCCUCUCUGCUGGGAAGCCUUACAUGUUCUAGAGGCGGUUUUGCAAAGCUGCAGCACUUUGCCGGUGGAAGCUACAACUUCCAGCGGACAGGAUGCCACUGCCAACGGACAAGCAGCGACGAGGAGGCUAGACGAAGACAGGCCUGUCGUUGCCUUGCUCUCGCAGACUUCUUUCAAGUCUCGGACAGGUCCCUUCCAUUCCUGGGUUGGCUCUGGUGGAGUUCCUGCGGUGACUGGAAAUCCCGGCAGUGUUGACAUGACGAUGCUUCCAUCGCGCGAGACGGCGCUGCAAAACACCAGGCUGGCACUGGGACGUGUUUUGGAUACUUAUGGCGUGGGAAAGCGCAGGGACUAUCGGCGUCUUGUUCCAUUCGUUAUUAGCAGCGUUCAAGCUGAGCCGCAGCAAAAACACCGGUGACAUCGUUCGUAUAUACUCGAGUAAGAGGAAGAGGAAGAGCGCCUUGGUUUGGAGACAGCUCUUUUUUGUUCGUCCAUAAGGACGCUUUGUACAUUCGAAUCGCAGGAGUUUUGUGUCGGAUAGAGUUUUGAGUAUAUAAAGAGACUUAUAUUGACUGUGUAAAGACGACGCGGAAGCUUGUGCAGCGAGCUGCCACUGGAGGAAAUAACAGCCGAGUUUGAUAAGUUUGGACGCUUUUUGUAACGCCCCAAGCUUCCCCUGCUCGGCAGCCAACCGGGUGUCGUCGAUCACGUCCCUCGUCACCUCCGCGUCCGCCAGUGGUAUGGGGUAGUAGUACCGGCUCAAGUUUUGCAUGGAAGUCGUGAAGAAGCCGGUCAUCUGGGAUCUUAUAUCACCAACCUCGAUGGCUCGGUAGCCAGACGCGACAGCUUCCUGGACGAGGCUAUCUUCCGCGGCCUUGAGCGCCUUGAGCAGCUCCCUCCUCGGCUUGGCCUCACGCUGCACGAACUUGAGAAGCUCUCCAUACGUUCCUUCGCCAACCGGCUUGCUCUCGAAGGGCCCGUGCUUGAGGAACUGUCCGAGGUAGCCGGUCUUCUCGUCGCCGACGAGAGCUCUGGCAGUCUCGGAGAUGUGGUUGAUGAGGUGCGUGCUGAGCCGCUUGUGAGCAAACUCGAGGAUCUCGAACGCAGCAAUCUGCCUGGAGGAGUGGAUGAGCCUCUUGAGGUGCAAGUCGCAGUUGUUCUCGUCCCAGCAACUGAUGAUCCUCUUCAAAGCAGCUCUGUGCUCGUCUUUUCUCGUCAAAGCUGGUGGCGGUGGCGGCCGAAUGAUCAAAGACUGGCUGUUCCAAGUACUCGGAGUUUCGAGCUUGCUCCAGAGAAUGGAUCCUCUCCUGCUUCAAGCUGUUGAGGUAGUCGACUCUUCCCCGGGCCUGCUGCUCCAUGACAUCCAGCUUACUCUUGAUACUCUCCAGCUGCUUGUCCUCCAUGUUCUGGAUGACGCUCCUCAUCGACUCCUGCUUGCUCCCCAGCGACUGGAUGCGGUCCUUGAGCGAGUUCUUCCCCUUGAGCAGCGACUUUAUCUCCGACUCGAGCGUGGAGAAGUUGUCCAAGAGCGACUGCAUCGUAUCGUCGUCCUUGGGCUCGAAUCCUCCAAACGCAGCGGCAGUGACAGCAGCGGAUUCUUCCGGUGGAGCAGUGGCAGCAGAGACGCGAUCUUUGGCGGUGAAACUAGUAGGAUCGAGCGCGGGGCUGGCGAGGGAGUAUGGGCUCAAAGCAUAGGCCCCGGCGGUGGGGGUGGAGGAGUAGGACUUACACGAGGAGUCGGAGAUGGUGCUGGGCACGAGACGGACUCUCUUGGGAAGGACUGCUGUUGCCGAUGGUGAUGGCGAGUGAGAAUGCGAGUCGGAGUGGGAGUGGGAGUGGAGGCCACCAUUCUUCCUGGGACGAGACUGGAUGUCGUACAUUUUCACGCGCUCAUCACAGGAUAGGGCUGGGGGCUUUUAACGGAACGGGCUAACUGCCAACCUGGCACGAAAUAUUAUCUCAUGUUUUAUAACAGAA